UGCCAUGUCAGCAACAGUGCCACGUCAGCAGUGCCACGUCAGCAACAGUACCACGUCAGCAGUGCCCCGCCACCAUGACGGGCUCAGCUUUGGGCAUGCCAGGCCAACUGGCCAACGAGUCCAUUGUCGAGUACAAACAGCGGUUCCAGACUCAGCUCGCACUGAUCGAGGCCGAGGAACAGCGCCAGGUGGCAGCCGAGGCUGUCCGCCUACAGGUUGAAGCGGCGGCAACAACUGAGAAACAACGACUUCAAGCCGAAGCCGAAGCAGAUACCCAGGCACGCGGCAAGGAGGCCCAAGAUCUGGUACAGCGGCAUGAAGCCACCAGCAUAGAAAAGCUUAAGUUUUGGCACUUUGAACCAUCCGAGGAGCACGACGACGCGACACCGGAGGAGCAGCACAAGGAAUUCAUGGCCAAACUCGUGACUAGGUUGGUUUACACUUGUAACCACCUGCAGUCCGAGUUGGUGAACCUCCAGCGGGCCGUACGGAACCACAAGGCUCAGCACGAGGAUGCAGCACGGGCACUUGAUUCCCGUGUACAGGACUUGGAGCAAACUGCACCAAGGCCGAGGCUGCGGCUACGACAAGCCAAGUACAAAGCCAACCGCGACAAAUGCGAAUUCGCGCGGCAGGAGCUGGAGUACUUGGGACAUUAUGUGGCGCCGCAAGGCAUCCGUCCGCUUGCGGACAAGAUCGAGGCCCUCCAUGUAUGGCCCGAGCCCACCAACACCACGGACGUUCGUUCAUUCAUGGGGUUGGCGGGCUGCUAUAAGCGAUUCAUCACCGGAUACUCAAGGAUUGUCGCACCUAUGACGAGAUUACAAUCGCCAAAGGUGCCAUUUGUAUUCGAUGACGACGCACGCCGGUCAUUCCAAGCACGUAAGACGGCCAUGCUCAUGGCACCCGUCCUUAGCAUCUAUGACCCCACCUUGCCUACGAGAGUGACAACAGACGCUUCCGGCUAUGGCAUUGGGGCAGUCUUGGAACAACACGAUGGCGACGACUGGCACCCUGUGGAGUAUUUCAGCCACAAAGUGCCUCCCAUCAAUUUGCUUGAUGACGCAAGGAAGAAGGAGCUGCUCGCGUUCGUGAUGGCUCUCAAGCGAUGGCGGCACUUCCUCCUUGGGCGUCGUAGGUUCACAUGGGUGACGAACAACAACCCAUUGACCUACUACAAGACGCAGGAUAUGGUGAGCAGCACGAUCGAACGAUGGAUGUACUUCAUCGACCAAUUUGACUUCACACCGAAACAUCUCCCUGGCCUCUCCAAUCGUGCAGCAGAUGCACUCUCGCGAAGACCUGAUCUUUGCGCUAUGACACAUCAUGCCUUCGCAUUCGACGAGGAACUCCAGCAACACUUCAUCCGGGGCUAUGAGUCUGAUCCGGACUUCGCCACGUUGUAUGCGCAGCUAUCUUUGGAUCACCCGCCGGCCAGCCACUAUCACAUUGCCGACGGGUACUUGCUCCUCCACUCGAGAGGCAAGGACUUACUACGUGUCCCACGAGACCGUCGUCUUCGGACUUCCCUUCUCGGACGACUCGCCGGCCAUUUCGGAGUCAACCGCACUAUUGCACGGCUUCGACAACGAUUCCGAUGGCCUGACCUCAUUACCGAUGUGACUCGAUAUUGCGACUCUUGCGAAGUUUGUCGAUGAAGCAAGCCCCGCAAUCGCAACCCCUACGGCGAGUUGCGCCCGAUGCCUAUCCCACGGGAACC